AUGGCGCCUACAACUGCGCCCACCGUCGCGCCGCGACCAAUAGUUCUUUCAGGACCCUCUGGCACCGGCAAGUCGACACUGAUCAAACGACUUUUUGCGAAAUAUCCCGAUCUAUUUGGCUUUAGUGUCUCCCACACCACUCGACAGCCUCGUCCCGGCGAGCAAGACGGCGUGCACUAUCACUUCACAACACCGGAAGAAUUCGAGAAGAUGGUUGCGGAGGACGCAUUCGUGGAACAUGCCAAGUUCGGGGGAAACUACUAUGGCUCGUCGAAAAAGGCAGUCCAAGAUGUUGCAGAAGGCAAAGGCAAGACCAUUGAUGGGAAGUCAGCCGAAGGAAAGAGAAUAUGCAUCUUCGACAUUGAGAUGGAGGGAGUGAAGCAAGUGAGGAAGAGUCCAUUGAAGCCAAGGAUAUGCUUCAUUCAGCCACCUAGCAUUGAAAUUCUCGAGCAAAGAUUGCGUGGCCGCGGUGACACAAGUGAAGAUGCGAUUCAAAAGCGACUGGCUCAGGCUAAGAAGGAAAUUGAGUAUUGCCAGACCGAGGGGAAGAACGACAAGGUCAUCAUCAACGACGACCUUGACAUCGCGUUCAAGGAGCUCGACGAAUGGGUAACGCAAGACAUUUGA